CCAGGCCGACACGCCAAGCGAAGAGCAGUGCUGCAGCAACCUCUUCCUGCCAGCGCCAGGAGAGGAGAGCAGGGGGAACGGUCGGCGGCGGCGGAGGAGGAUGGGGCGUGGGCCGGAUGUGGAGGCGGAGGAUGACGCCGGGGAGACCAAGCCGACGCUGCUGCAGCGGUGGUCCUCGUCGGUGUGGGCCGUCAGCAGCAGCGGGCGGCUGCUGUGGGCGGGCAACGAGGCCUGGCGGGCGCACGCCGGCAUGGCCUUCGUGCAGGUCGCCUACGGCGGGUACCACGUCCUCACCAAGUCCGUCCUCAACGUCGGCAUGAACCAGAUCGUCUUCUGCGUCUACCGCGACCUCGUCGCGCUCGCGCUCCUCGCCCCCAUCGCCUUCCUCCGCGAGAGGAACGUGCGGCGCCCGGUGACCCGUCAGCUCCUCGCGUCGUUUGCUCUCCUGGGCUUCACCGGGAUCUUCGGGAACCAGCUCCUCUUCCUCCUCGGCCUCAGCUUCACCAACGCCUCCUACGCCGCGGAGUUCCAGCCGGCGAUACCGGUGUUCACAUUCAUCUUGGCCGCAAUUGUCGGUGUUGAGGUGAUCAACAUCUUCACUAAAGACGGAAUUGUCAAGGUUCUUGGCACAGCCGUGUGCGUCUUUGGUGCUGUCCUAAUGGUCUUCUACAGAGGCCCAUCCUUGAUUGGGAUGGGAGGCACCGUUGCAGCAGAGGGAAAUGCUCUGGCCGGCUCAUGGAGUAGCAACGCCUAUUCUGCUCAGUGGUUGACCAAAUCCAUGCUCGGAUAUGGUGUGGAAACAUGGCAUCUUGGGGUCUUGUGCCUUAUUGGAAAUUGCUUCCUGAUGGGUGCUUAUCUGGUCAUUCAGGCUCCGGUCCUGAUAAAAUAUCCUGCAAGCUUAUCCUUGACUGCUUACUCCUAUUCCUUUGCCACCCUGUUUAUGGUGUUGACUGGGGUAUUUGCUACCAGUGGGCUCCACGAGUGGGCAUUGACAACAACCGAGGUCAUAGCUAUCUUAUAUGCUGGAAUUAUUGCAUCUUGUCUGAACUAUGCGAUCAUGACUUGGGCAAACAAAAUUCUUGGACCCUCUCUAGUCGCUCUGUACAAUCCACUCCAGCCAGCAUGUUCUACCUUGCUUUCAACUAUUUUUCUUGGAACCCCAAUUUAUGUCGGAAGUGUUAUCGGGGGACUCUUCAUCAUCGCUGGGCUUUACCUGGUUACUUGGGCUCGUUACAAUGAAGCUCAGAGAGUGCUGACAGCCAGUUAUUUGCGACCUCUCCUCGUGGAGGAUCUUCCAACCUCCAAGGCAGAAGGAGGUUCCUUCAGUGGCUCCAUUGAUCCCUAGACCCCGGAGGGGUAGAUGGAUUGGUUCAAUUGUUUUUCCUAGGAAAGCAGCAUCAAAUUUAUUUCACAAGUGUUCUUAGUUUAAUACAUUUCUUGCCUAGAGUCGUCCUCUUCAAGAUAUCACGCUUGACAUGUUUAAGAAAGCGUGCUAUUACCUAUACAAGCAUUUGAAGUAAGAUCCAUCCUCAGGAAGACUUGCAGGGUACUGAAAGAAUCAUAUCCUGAACAUAAGUUGGACAUUCUUGCCUGUGGCCGUAUUUGCAGGAGAUACCUUGAAUAAUUUGCAGUGAUCCUUCAGCUUCUAUAGUUUUCGUUACAGGUCCAAGGCUAACAGCAGUCAGAACAACCUCACCAAUCAAAGGUACUCCUCCACGGCUUGGCAUGUUUGUCACUAUCUUAAGAGUUUGGGAGCGUCAACAUUGUAUGCCAUAUAUCGAUUUCUAUCAUACUAUUCUUAUAGGCCUGGGAACUGAAGCUGCAAUACACUUGAGCUGUUAUACUUAAGGCGAGACAACUGUUCUUCUGUGGCAGUACUCCAACUGAUACCGGAUUUAUUGUAUAUGUGUUUAUCUUCUCUAUAAUUAAUGUUGUAUGUGCUUUUGGACAGUUAUAUAUAUGUAAAUGAUUAUGCAGUUACAAGUUGAACUCGCAUGGCUA